AACCAACCAAACCGGUGCAGUGCAGAGUGCAGAGCAGCGCAGUCAGAUUCGUUGCCCGGGUCAUCCUUCACCGCAACGCCUCGUUUCGUUUCCAGAGCCGCAGCUCAGCUGGACAAGACACUUGUACCUUCCAUGUUGUAUUUGGUGCAUAGGUUAUUCUCCUGUCCUUGAUACCUCCAUAUCCUGUGGCGAUUCGGUUAGCGUCUGGUGUGACUUCUGUGGAAAUCAGUUAACAUGGAGACGUGUCCCUACGAAUUAGAGGAUCAUGUGAGUUUUGUUCCUCGCUACUACAGGCAUCUGAUGCCAGAUAACUGGUACCUGGAUGGUAGUCAAGUGAAUGUUUUGGAUCGAUUGUCAGAAGACGACUAUCAGUGGAAAAAAAUUUCUCAGAAAAUGGGUAAUGAAUUUGAUGUGGUUGAGAUUUGGAAAGUCCAAAACCCACGUUCAUAUGGCCGUUAUGCACAGAGAGCAUUGAAAUAUGAAAACUGGUUCGGAAGGGAACCCAAACGCUGGCAGUUGUUCCAUGGCACGCAGGAAGAAAAUAUUGACAGUAUUAUUGAAAACAAUUUUGAUCUGAGAAAUCUGCACACUAAAGACACCUCAUUUUAUUUUACUGGUGAAGGUGUUUAUUUUACAAACUCUGCAGCUUAUGCAGAUUGGUGUGUUGGUGGAAGUGAUACAAGGUGCUAUAUGUUUAACUGUGAAGUGCUGAUUGACAGUAUUAAAAAUAUAUACAAUCCACACUCUGUACGCUUUGGACCUCCUGCUCGAAAAGGUUGUGAACAGGAAGUGGCUGAGGCGCGAUCCGAAGGGAGAGAUCCUCACCCCUCUACGGUUUAUGACACCACUGCGAGGGCAGAUAAGGAUGAAUAUGUCAAGUUCCGCAAAAACGAAUUUUACCCUUUGCAUCUUAUUAUGUAUGAUAGAUGCUAGUAGUCUUGUGUGGUAAGACUCAGACCCCUGUGGAAACAGUAAGACGUUAACUACUUUUAUUUUUUUAUGAUUUCUGUUCUAUUUUUCCUUAUGAAGUUCCGUAAAUAUGUAUAUCUUACCCAAUGCAUUUUAUGUAUGGUAGAUGCUAGUAGUCUUAUGUGUUAAGACUCAGACCCCUGUUGGUGCAGUAAAAUUUCUUGUUCUAUUGUCUAUUGUGAAGUUCCAAAUAGACUAAUCUUACGUAAUACAUCUUAUUAUGUAUGAUAAA